CAUUGCGAUUACAAGCUAGCAAAAUGUCUGCCAUAGCAGAAUCACAGAACAACCCUCUGGAGAAUGAUAUGGAAGUAGAACCACCUGCUUCUGCACCACCACGAAGCCAUUCUGCCCUUCCCGUUGCUCGAUCUCGGAGCAGCUGUUCUAUAGGUAGAUGUAAUGUACAAGCAAAUGGUAAUGGAGUGACAGAAGAACCUCCACAGUCUCUGAGAAUUGUGUCUGCUCCAAUUCAAGCUCGGAGAAAAUCUAACAUUGUGAAAGAAAUGGAAAAAAUGAAAAAUAAGAGAGAAGAGAAAAGAGCCCAGUUCUCUGAAAUAAGGAACAAGCGGGCACAGGAAUUUGACAGUAGUUGUCCAAACUGGGAGUUUGCUCGGAUGGUCAAAGAAUAUAGAGCCAGUAUUACUUGCCAGUCAAUAUCAAUGAAUGAUCCAAUAGAAGAGCACAGAAUUUGUGUCUGCGUGAGGAAAAGGCCCUUAAAUAAGCAAGAACUUGGAAAAAGGGAAUGUGAUAUAAUCACUGUUGUCAACAAGAACAGCAUCCUAGUACAUGAACCAAAGGUGAAGGUGGAUCUGACAAAAUAUCUCGAAAACCAGCAUUUUUGCUUCGACUACUCAUUUGAUGAAAAAGCUUCUAAUGAAAUGGUUUAUUGGUUCACUGCUAGGCCACUUGUACAGACCAUCUUUGAGGGAGGAAUGGCUACUUGUUUUGCUUAUGGACAGACUGGGAGUGGAAAAACUCACACCAUGGGAGGAGAUUUCUCUGGGAAGGUACAGAAGGCCUCCAAAGGAAUAUAUGCUUUUGCAUCACAGGAUGUCUUUCUUCUUCAGAACCAGGCACGGUACAAGGCUCAAGGUCUGGAAGUCUAUGUGACUUUCUUUGAAAUAUAUAAUGGAAAGUUGUUUGACCUUUUAAACAAAAAGGCAAAGCUGCGUGUCCUGGAGGAUGGCAAACAGCAGGUCCAAGUGGUUGGCCUACAGGAAAUGAGAGUGAAUUGUGCUGAAGAUGUUAUCCGAAUGAUUGAGAUAGGCAGUGCCUGCAGGACAUCUGGGCAAACAUUUGCAAAUUCUAGCUCAUCACGCUCCCAUGCUUGCUUUCAAAUCAUUUUGCGCCGAAAAGGAAAACUGCAUGGCAAGUUCUCUUUGGUGGAUUUAGCUGGGAAUGAAAGAGGUGCUGAUACAUCUAGUGCUGAUCGGCAGACCCGCAUGGAAGCAGCAGAAAUAAAUAAAAGCUUGCUGGCACUCAAGGAAUGUAUCCGGGCUCUAGGCCAGAAUAAACAACAUACACCUUUUCGGGAGAGCAAACUUACCCAGGUGCUGAGGGAUUCCUUCAUUGGAACAAAUUCCAGAACAUGUAUGAUUGCAAUGAUUUCUCCAUGCAUGAAUUCCUGCGAAUACACCUUAAAUACCCUGCGAUACGCUGAUAGAGUGAAGGAGCUCCCCCACAACGGAACAACUAGCGAGAGGCAGAAUUCUAUGGAAACUGAAAAUGAAGAACUGUGUAUCAAUGAGGAAAGGUUGGACCACCUUCUUGAGUUAUCUGAAGAUGAGAUGUCUCCUCAUCUAUCCAGUUUCCGUAAAGCUCUGACCCGGAUUAGUGAACUCGAAGAGAAGGCAAUAGAAGAGCUUAAGGAUAUUAAGGAGAGAAUGAAUGACUGUAAUGGUCUCCUGGACAUGGCAGAACAACCAGAAUAUGAUAUGGAGGCAUUUGUGCACCAAGCCCAAUGCUUCAUUAAUGAAGGUUCCGAAAGCUUCUUCAGUCUGAAAGACACACUGGAAGAACUAUCCCUUGCCAUGCAGAUGGAAGAGCAAGCCAGCAAACAUCUGAAUAAGAGGCGGCUUCAAUAGUUACCCAAUUCUUAAAUGAAUCUUUUGCUUUCCCUG